UGAUGUUUAUACAUGCUAGGAAUUUACUUUUCUGUCUUCCUUAAAAACCAAUAUGGAUGAGUUUGGUGAAGAUAUAAAGCCUAGUCCGUUAAGCCAACCACUCGACCUAGCUAUUGUAUCCCGCCAGUUCUGGGAUGCUUCAGAACCGACCGCCAGACCGUCCGAACUCAUCCAUCCGGUGAAGCAUGUCUGGUACAUAUACAACAUAGGGGUUCCUUUCUGCAAAACCAAAGCAAACUGCAAAAAAGUAGUGAAACUGCUUCAAGAAAGAUGCAUGACCGUCAUGAAAAUGACUGAUAUACCCUUUAAUUUCCUAGUAGGUGGGGACGGAAGAGUCUACGAAGGUAGGGGGUGGUUUUAUCAACCACCGGGCUUCAAACGUUUUCCUGACGAAGGAUGUGACAGAAUAGACAUUGCAUACAUAAACAGUGAUACGAAGAAACAAGUUAGCUACCAGAUGAUGAAAUCUACCUUGGAUUUAAUAACCUUAGGAUUGAACCAGGGUUACAUUGACUCAGAAUACCAGUCUAAAGAAUGGAACAGAAUUGGAGAACCUAUUGAAGAUGAUCCUAACAAACCAUUCGGGUAG